AUGCACCGCAAGUUAUUGUUACUGUUAGUGCCGACGGUGUGCAUCUUGCUGGUGGCCACAAGUCUCUAUCUCGGCCACGAUCAUCUUACUCGGCUCCCCAAACUGCACAUACCCAACCGCACAUCCGCAAUCCAUACAUGUAACCAUUGCGAACGGUUAGUAUCUCUUCCCUACCCCCCAUAUCGGAACGACAACAAAACUGACAUGGUGGUCGUUGAUCAAGGAACUGUCCUCCCAGCCAAGCGCAUCCAGCCCUAUAUCUCCGCUAUACUCGACCCCUCUUCGACCGAACUGCCUCGCCUCGAGUGUCCCGCGUUGAACGCUAGCCGAUACGAUGUAUUAAAAGACAUGGGCGACGCCUCGGCCUCGGAGUCGGGGCAUAUUGAUUACUACUUUGCGCUUGAUCUGCGCAACUGCUUACCACUCCUCCCUCGCCUCCUAGGCAGCAUCGUCGAAGCGAUCCGAUUCUUGGGACCGGAACGCUGUGCCCUGUCAAUAGUCGAGGGCAACUCGCCGGACGGCACAGCCGACGUCCUCCAAGCCCUAAGCCCCUUCCUGGAACAACUGGGCUUCUCCUACUUUUACGAAUCCUCAGACAUCAACCCCGCAAAGGGCGACCGAAUCCGCAAACUAGCCCAGCUGCGCAACCUCGCCUUACACCCCCUGUUCAACGACGAAACCAAAAACCGCACCUCCGCAGCCACGACGGUCCUCUUCAUCAACGACGUAGCCGCCUGCGCCGAAGACCUCCUCGAACUCGCCCUCGCGCGCCGCGCCCUCGGCGCCGACAUGACCUGCGCCAUGGACUGGACCUACGUCGGCCCCGACCCGACCUUCUACGACGUCUGGCUGGCGCGCGGCAUGAACGGGGACUCCUUCUUCGCGAUCCCGCCCGACGGCUACUGGAACGCGGCCUGGAACCUGUUCUGGGAUGCCCCCGAAACGAAGGCGAGGUAUGACGCCCGGCUCCCCUUCCAGGUCUUUUCUUGCUGGAACGGCGCGGUGGCGUUUGGUGCUGCGCCGCUGAUGGCGGAAGACGGUCUUCGGUUCCGGGGGGGGCCGCAGAUGUUUUGUAAGGACUUGUGGGCUAGGGGGUAUGGGAAGAUCGCUGUUGUGCCGGCGGUGAAUUUGGAGUACUCGGAUGGGAAGGCGGAGAAGAUUAAGCGGCUGAAGGGGUAUACCUCGGACGCGGUUCGCGGGCAGGCGGAGGAUAGGGUCCUCAUCGACUGGAUCCCCGAGCCACCUGGGAAGAUCAAGUGUAUGCCUAACUGGGGCAACCAGUUUUGGCGGCCAUGGAACGAAAGUCUGCAAGUCUCAUAA